GGGAGGCGGCGUCUGGGACGCGGCGGGUACGAGCGGAUCCCCUGUGACCCUCACAGGCGGCGCGGCAGCAACAUGAGGGCGCGCAGCCUGGCCCUCGGCCUCCUGCUGCUGCUGUGUCCGGCGCAGGUGUUUUCCCAGUCCUGCGUCUGGUAUGGAGAAUGUGGGAUUGCGACCGGAGAUAAGAGGUACAAUUGCGAAUAUUCUGGGCCAGCGAAGCCACUGCCAAAGGACGGGUAUGACUUAGUGCAGGAGCUCUGUCCAGGAUUCUUCUUCGACAGCGUCAACCUCUGCUGUGACGUUCAGCAGCUCCGCACACUGAAAGACAACCUACAGCUGCCUCUGCAGUUUCUGUCCAGGUGUCCCUCAUGCUUCUAUAACCUCAUGAACCUGUUCUGCGAGCUGACCUGCAGCCCUCGACAGAGUGAGUUUCUGAACGUUACGGCAACUGGAGAUUAUGUUGAUCCUGCUACAAACCAGACAAAGACAAACGUGGAAGAGUUACAGUACUAUAUUGGAGAGCGCUUUGCCAAUGCCAUGUACAACGCCUGCCGGGACGUGGAGGCUCCCUCCAGCAAUGAGAAAGCCCUGGGCCUGCUGUGUGGGAAGGACGCAGAGGCCUGCAACGCCACCAACUGGAUCGAGUACAUGUUCAACAAGGAUAACGGGCAGGCGCCCUUCACCAUCACGCCCGUCUUUUCAGAUGUGCCAUUGCUUGGAAUGGAGCCCAUGAACAAUGCCACCAAGGGCUGUGACGAGGCUGUGGACGAGGUCAUGGGCCCCUGCAGCUGCCAGGACUGUUCCAUCGUCUGUGGUCCCAAACCCCAGCCCCCACCCCCUCCUGCUCCUUGGAUAAUCUUGGGCUUGGACGCCAUGUGCGUCAUCAUGUGGUUCAGCUACAUGGUGUUUUUGCUUAUUUUUUUUGGAGCAUUUUUUGCGGUGUGGUGCUACAGAAAGCGGUAUUUUGUCUCGGAGUACACCCCCAUCGACAGCAACAUAGCUUAUUCUGUCAAUGCCAGUGACAAAGGAAUGGAUUGGCUCUUAACCUCCACCCUCCCUUCCUCUCGUGCUCUUCCAGGGGAGGCAUCCUGCUGUGACCAGCUUGGUGCAGCCUUUGAGGGCGGUCUGAGGCGGCUGUUCACACAGUGGGGGGCUUUCUGUGUGCGGAACCCCGGCUGCGUCAUCUUCUUCUCCCUGGUCUUCAUCGGCGUGUGCUCGUUGGGCCUGAUGUUUGUGCAAGUUACAACCAAUCCCGUCGACCUCUGGUCAUCCCCCAGCAGCCAGGCGCGCCACGAGAAGGAGUACUUUGACACGCACUUUGGGCCUUUCUUCCGCACGGAGCAGCUAAUCAUCCGGGCGCCCCAGACCCGCAAGCACACCUACAGCCCGUACCCCUCAGGGGCCGACGUGUCUUUCGGACCUCCGCUUGACAAAGAGAUUUUGCACCAGGUUCUUGACUUACAGACCGCCAUUGAGAACAUUACUGCCUCACAUAACAAUGAGACUGUGACGCUGCAGGACCUCUGCUUGGCCCCCCUCUCACCAUAUAACAAGAACUGCACCAUCAUGAGUGUGCUAAACUACUUCCAGAACAGCCAUUCCGUGCUGGACCAUCAAGUAGGGGACGACUUCUACGUGUACGCCGAUUACCACACACACUUUCUGUACUGUGUACGGGCGCCCGCCUCCCUGAACGAUACAAGCCUGCUCCACGAUCCUUGCCUGGGUACCUUUGGUGGACCUGUGUUCCCGUGGCUCGUGUUAGGAGGCUACGACGCUCAAAACUACAAUAACGCCACCGCCCUUGUGAUUACCUUUCCUGUCAACAAUCACUACAACGACACGGACAAGCUGCAGAAGGCCCUGGCCUGGGAGAGAGAGUUUAUCAAUUUUGUGAAAAACUAUAAGAACCCCAACCUGACCAUUUCUUUCACUGCCGAGCGAAGUAUCGAAGACGAGCUGAACCGCCAAAGCAACAGCGACGUCUUCACUGUGGCCAUCAGCUACACCGUCAUGUUCGUGUACAUCUCCAUCGCCCUGGGCCACAUCAGAAGCUGCCACAGGCUUAUGGUGGACUCGAAGGUCUCCCUGGGCAUCGCGGGCAUCCUGAUUGUGCUGAGCUCGGUGGCGUGCUCCUUGGGCAUCUUCAGCUACAUCGGGAUCCCCCUCACCCUGAUUGUGAUUGAAGUCAUCCCGUUCCUGGUGCUGGCUGUGGGCGUGGACAACAUCUUCAUCCUGGUGCAGACCUACCAGAGAGAUGAGCGUCUCCAGGGGGAAACACUGGACCAGCACGUGGGCAGGGUCCUAGGAGAAGUGGCUCCCAGCAUGUUCCUGUCGUCCUUCUCUGAGACCGUAGCGUUUUUCUUAGGCGCCUUGUCAGUGAUGCCCGCCGUUCAUACUUUCUCCCUGUUUGCGGGAAUGGCCGUCUUCAUUGACUUCCUCCUUCAGAUUACAUGCUUCGUCAGUCUCCUGGGCUUAGACAUUAAGCGUCAAGAGAAAAGCCGGCUGGACAUCUUGUGCUGUGUCAGCGGUCCUGACGACGGGACAAGCAUCCAGGCCUCGGAGAGCUUCUUGUUUCAGUUUUUUAAACAAUUCUACGCCCCACUUCUGCUUAAGGACUGGAUGCGGCCCAUUGUGGUAGCGGUGUUUGUGGGCUUCCUGUCCUUCAGCAUUGCAGUGCUGAACAAAGUGGAAAUUGGAUUGGAUCAGUCUCUUUCCAUGCCAAGUGACUCCUAUGUUAAGGAUUACUUCCAGUCCCUGAGUCAGUACCUCCACGCGGGCCCCCCUGUGUACUUUGUCCUGGAGGAGGGCCACGAUUACACCUCUCUGAAGGGACAGAACAUGGUGUGCGGAGGCACGGGGUGCAGCAACGAUUCCCUGGUCCAGCAGAUAUUUAACGCCGCCCAGCUGGACAGCUAUACCCGGAUAGGCUUCGCGCCCUCAUCCUGGAUCGACGAUUACUUCGAUUGGAUUAAGCCUCAGUCCUCCUGCUGCAGAGUGUUCAACGUCACAGAGCAGUUCUGCAAUGCGUCAGUGGUGGACCCUGCCUGCGUGCGCUGCCGGCCACUCACCCCAGAGGGCAAACAGCGGCCUCGGGGGAAAGACUUCAUGAAAUUCCUGCCCAUGUACCUCUCGGACAACCCCAACCCCAAGUGUGGCAAAGGGGGCCACGCUGCAUACAGCUCAGCCGUUAACAUCCUCGCCAACAACACUCGCGUGGGAGCCACGUACUUCAUGACCUACCACACGGUGCUCCAGACCUCUGCUGACUUCAUCGAUGCCAUGAAGAAAGCCCGGCUGCUCGCCACUAACAUUAUGGAAACCAUGGGCAUCAAUGGGAGUCAAUACCGUCUGUUCCCGUACAGUGUGUUUUACGUCUUCUACGAGCAGUACCUGACCAUUAUUGACGACACGAUCUUUAACCUCGGUGUGUCCCUGGGAGCGAUAUUUCUGGUGACCCUGGUUCUCCUGGGCUGUGAUCUGUGGUCUGCCGUGAUCAUGUGUGUCACCAUCGCAAUGAUCCUGGUCAACAUGUUUGGGGUCAUGUGGCUCUGGGGCAUCAGCCUGAACGCCGUGUCCUUGGUCAACCUGGUUAUGAGCUGCGGCAUUUCCGUGGAGUUCUGCAGCCACAUCACGAGGGCGUUCACCGUGAGCACCAAGGGCAGCCGUGUGGGCCGAGCGGAGGCGGCGCUCUCAUGCAUGGGCAGCUCGGUAUUCAGUGGAAUCACACUAACAAAAUUUGGAGGGAUUGUGGUGUUGGCCUUAGCCAAAUCUAAAAUUUUCCAGAUAUUUUACUUCAGGAUGUAUUUCGCAAUGGUGAUACUGGGAGCCACUCAUGGCUUAAUAUUCCUCCCCGUCUUCCUUAGCUACAUAGGACCAUCCAUCAAUAAAGCCAAAAGGAGCACCGCUCAGGAGCGUUAUCAAGACACAGAGCGCGAACGGCUCCUCAAUUUUUAGCCCCCACCAGGGCUCGGUGACUGAGCGUCUGUCAGUUUCCACGGUGCGCACUGCAUCACCGAGGCAAACCGAACCCUGGCUGUUACAAGCCACCAGGCUGGGGAUAAGCCACUCCCCACAUAGUGCUUUGGAACUCAGGAAGGCAAGUGGGACUUCCGCAGUAUUAGGAAAGCUGAAGGCACCUCGGAAGGGCCGUCUCCCACCUGCUCCAGGAACGCGCCCUCGCGGUUCGGCCUGCCAGAGGUGACACUGCCGUGGCUGUGGCCGUGACUGCUCAUGACACGCUGCAAGGCCAGUCAAUGCAAUACCCUCCUUCCUCAGGAGAAGCCAUCAAGUCCUAGACCCCAUUUUUAGUAAAAUUCGAGAACACUGUAGAGAUACUUUUAUUAUAACAUUUUGUACUUUAAAGAGCUUUAUUAAUGCAAUAAAUUAACUUUGUACACAUUAAAA